AUGAGUAGCACUGAAGAGUAUGAGUAUGACUUGGUGGGGAUGUCGGUAGCGACGGGGCAGCUCGGUGGCAUCGUAUUGGAAGAGGUCGGUGGCUAUGGAGGAGAGGCUCGAGGUGGUGCGAACAACGCCGUUGGCCACGACGACGGCCAGCAUGAUGGAAGUGAUCAAGAUGAUGAUGUGCGGAGACGGCUCGAGUCCGAGGUACAGGCCUUCCGCAGGCGCGCCGUCCGAUUCGCUCCGCCUGAGGAUCCGGAGGGACUGGACCACGUGGUCAUGCUGCGAUGGGAGGGGAAGGAGCGAAAGCAGUUUGGCGGUGACGGUGGCAGAGGCGGAGGAGGAGAAGAGCAGGGAUCGGUGCUCGCUCGGCUGAACAACACGUCGUUUGCGCUUGCGCUCGGCCUCUGCUCCAAUGCUGUCCUCCUUCGCGCGCUGGACAACAUCGGCUUGCCGACGGCAUCAGGCUUUGCUACCCUCCCGGCCGGGCUGGCCACCUUUGGCUGGGUGGUGGGCUUUCUAGCCCUCGCUGCUGUUGCCUUGCUCUACGCGGCCAAGGUCAUCGUCUCACCGAGUACUGUCUCGCGCGAAUUCCGCAAUCCGGCGCGCAUCAACCUGUUCUUUGCGCCGAUGCUCGCCAGUGUGCUGCUAGCCAUCGCGGCACCGGACGACACCCGAUCAGGCCCUGUCAUGGUGGGGAUGUGGAUGCUGGCGGCGGCGUAUCAGCUCGUUUUCUACAUGGUUCUCGUCCAUCGAUGGAUCUACACGGCGACGGCGCGGAACGUGCACAUGCUCAACCUCAUGUCUGUGGUGGGCUUUUUCCUCCUCACCACCUUUGGCAGCACCAUGCCGCGCGACGAGGCCGUCUCGAUGCGGCCGGCACUCGAGUUUACCAUGGUUGCUGGCUCCAUUGCCCUCGUCGUCACCUUUCUCCAGCUCUUCAUGAACCCGUUUGAAAUCGGCGCCGAGGAAAAGUCAUCGCCCAUCAUCUUCCUCUUCCUCGCCCCGCCGUCGGCCGCCGCCAUUGCCGCCCGCUCGCUCUCUGAUUUGUACCAGACUGCCGAGAGCGGCGCCGCUGCAGCUGGUGAAGCCGCCGGCGUCCACUGGGUCUUCCGCAUUUACUUCUACUUUGCCAUCCUCUGCUUCUUCUGGGUCAUCCCGGGCGCCGGUGCGUUCUUCAAGACCAAGACCUUCAAGGUCUCCUUCUGGGCCUAUCACUUUCCCGUCACCGCCUUUGCCACUGCCUUUCUCACCUACGCCGCCAGAGAGACGCCCACCACCAUCGUCCGCCUGCUCGCCGCCCUCGCCUGCGCCUUGUCGUUUGUCACUCUCUUUGCCAUCCUCGCUCGCACCAUCUACCACGUCUUUGUCACCCUCUGUGGCUCAUCGGCGCCGCCGUCGUCAUCGUCCGCUCGCUCUGCCAUCAAAGAUCUGGCAGCGUAUGGCGAGAGCGAGCGCCCGAUCGACAGCUCGGUCCCGCGCAAGGCUCGCAAGGUCCGAGUCCAUCGUCGGCGGCGGGUGCGUCGUGUGGAGCGCGCGCGGCCUUUGGAGGGUGGACGGCAUGGUCGUGGUGAGGAAGGGAAGCUCAAGGAAAGCCUGGAGACCGAGAGCGUCGAGACUGGCGAGACCGGCUCGCUGUGA